AUAGUUGUAUAUGUUGAGCCAUCAUAAGGGACCAGAACCAGAAAAGGAAAAAUGAAGGCUGCCGUAUUUGCAUUGGUUUUGAUAUGCCUGGGAAGUUCAUGGACAUGUGCAGAAUCCCAGCCUCUUGGUAGCAGCUCAACAAAUGACAUGCCGAAGUUUAGCCGUCGUUAUGCUGAAUCAACCAUUGCAAGUGACAUGAGCAAAAUUGUGGACUCGAUGGUUCAGAAAAACUUUGUAAACUAUUUGCUCAAUCAGAGAGAGAAGAAGAGCGAACCAACUAUGGCAGAUGAUUCAGACACUCGCAUCUUCAAUGACCUGCUGAAAAAAGAGUUUGUGAUGUGGGUUCAGAGUAAAGCCAAUGCCUUCAAGAAUCAAUGAAGCUACACAGGACUCUGAAGCGACCUGGAGAACCAACCCUUGAAUUUGAAGAGCAAAGGCGUGUUGGAUAUGUGAUUAGAACACUGACAUCUCAAUGCCAAAUUAUCCUGAAUUCACCCCUAUCUCAAUUUCUUGUCAUGUAUCAAAUGAAAGUCUGUUAUUAAAUCCUAAUUAUAAUUAAAUUGUUUUCAAAAUCA